UCUCGUAUCUUUCCAUAGUUGACUAUGCAGAGUAUAAAAUUGACCAACACGGAGAGAAUCUAUCAUCUUCCUUUCCCUUUUCCUUCGUUUUCCUUUCCCACCGUUGAAGCAUACUCUAGUUGUAGCUCCAAACGACAAAGAUCCAACAACAAAACUCAACCACCCUCAUUUCUCUCCAGUUUUCUCUUCCUCGCCACGCACUCUCUCUCUGUCCGCAGAUUCAAAAUCAAAUAAAAUAAAUAAAGAAACAGAGAUUAAUGAAUUUGGGAUCUUGCAGCUUGGCAGCCUUCUGUGGAACAUUUAAUGAAGUUGUGUGGUGAAUUUGGCAUUGGUUCCAGAGUGAUUAAGCUGUGGUUUGUCAGGACUGAAGUACAUGUUUGUGAGCUUGCGAGGCUUGGUUGCUAGUUCAACCAGGUAGCUGACUGAGAAUGAGAGGAUCUAAAACUUCCUUGAAAAUGAAAUGAUCCUUCUACAUUUAUAUCUCAGAUUCUGGUUUUUAUCUGACUGAAGAUCAGAAGAUGUCAACUGUUUGUCCUGUAUAUAUUGAUCUUUUCCUCUUUAUUAGCACCUUGGCCUGGACUUCCAUUGCACAAGUUUCUUAGAGAUUCAUUCACAUGAAGAACAUAAAUUGUGGGAUAUUGGAUCCUUUAAGCUCGAUCACAAGAGAGAUCAGUCUCAAGAACUUCGACGUCCCUGUUUGAACAGCAGAAUGAAGAAGAGGUAUGGUGGUGUUCUGUUUGCAUCCUUGUUCAUGUUAUUGGUCCUUAGAUAUGGGCUCCUGAAAAAUCCAAUAGGAGAAAUUUAUUCGUUGAAUCCCUCCAAUGCAAGUAAGCCUCUUGAAUGGGUGCAUCCUGCUCUUCAACCUGCAGUUCAAAAUCCAGAGAAUUCUUCUCAAGUUUUUUCUACAGAUACCAUUGUCUCCAGUCUGUUUGCUCUGAGAAAUAUUUCCAAUGAAGAGCAAAAAUCUCUGCAGACAUGGAAUCUACUAAAACACUUGAUUGAUCAUGCUCAGGUUUUAUCAAAUGGAGUAGAAGCUAUUAAGGAAGCUGGAAAUGCAUGGAGCAGCCUAAUGGCUUCCAUCGAAGAGGAAAGACUUGGUUAUACAAAUGAAAGUUCAAAUAGGAGAGUCAAAGAGAAACAAUGUCCUCAUUUUCUUAACAUAAUGAAUGCCACAGAGCAUGAUAAUAGCGGUUAUAAAUUGUGGCUUCCUUGUGGCCUGACUCAGGGUUCUUCCAUCACAAUUAUUGGCAUUCCAGAUGGUCUUCUUGGCAAUUUUCGGAUUGACUUAACCGGGGAAGAACUUCCUGGGGAGCCUGAUCCACCCAUCAUUUUACAUUACAAUGUUAGGCUUCAUGGUGAUAAGAUUACAGAGGAUCCAGUAAUAGUCCAAAACACCUGGACUGUGGCUCAUGACUGGGGUGAAGAGGAGCGUUGUCCUUCUCCAUCUCCUGAAAAUAUUAAGAAAGUGGAUGAGUUGGAUCAAUGUAAUAAGAUGGUGGGAAGAAAUGAUACUCGGGUGACUGGCAUGCAUUCUGAUGGUUCAAGAAGGUCUUCAUUUCAGGAAGGAACUAAAGUAAGAAGAUAUUUUCCAUUUAAGCAAGGUCAGCUAUCUGUUGCAACGCUUAGAGUGGGAACGGAAGGAAUCCAGACGAUUGUUGAUGGAAAGCAUAUAACAUCUUUUGCAUACCGUGAAACUUUGGAGCCAUGGCUAGUAAGUGAAGUUAGGAUUUCUGGGGAUGUAAAGCUAAUUUCAGUUGUGGCUAGUGGUCUGCCUACAUCAGAGGAUUCAGAGCAUGCAAUUGAUCUAGAAGUACUCAAAUCAGCUCCUCUCUCCCCAAAAAGAUCAUUGGAUCUCUUUAUUGGUGUUUUUUCUACAGCAAACAAUUUUAAGCGCAGGAUGGCUGUUCGGAGAACAUGGAUGCAGUAUGCUGCAGUGCGAUCAGGGGAAGUUGCAGUGCGCUUUUUCGUUGGUCUGCAUAAAAGUCAAAUAGUGAAUGAGGAACUCUGGAAUGAAGCGCGGACAUAUGGAGACAUACAGCUGAUGCCUUUUGUUGACUACUACAGCCUCAUAACCUGGAAAACUUUAGCUAUCUGCAUCUUUGGGACAGAGGUCGCAUCAGCCAAGUAUGUCACAAAGACUGAUGAUGAUGCAUUUGUUCGUGUGGAUGAAAUGCUAGCUUCUUUAAAGAGGAUCAAAGUGAGUCAUGGCUUGCUCUAUGGAUUAAUCAAUUCAGACUCGCGGCCUCAUAGGAGCACUGAAAGCAAGUGGUAUAUUAGCCCAGAGGAAUGGUCUGAAGAGAAAUACCCCCCUUGGGCACAUGGUCCUGGUUAUGUGGUGUCACGAGACAUUGCCGAGGCAGUUUACAAGAGAUACAAAGAGGGCCGUUUAAAGAUGUUUAAGCUAGAAGAUGUAGCAAUGGGUAUCUGGAUUGCAGAAAUGAAAAGGGAGGGUUUAGAAGUUAAAUAUGAGAUGGAAGCGAGGGUCUAUAAUGAAGGGUGCAAGGAUGGCUAUGUUGUUGCCCACUACCAAGGUCCUCGGGAAAUGCUUUGUCUAUGGCAGAAACUUCAAGAAGGAAAUGGUGCUAGAUGCUGCGGGUGAACGAUAGACUUGCCAUUUUUGUUGCUAGGGCUCUACAAAACCACAUGCUUUAAUAGAAUAAUCUCCUUGACCAAUCUCCAAUUGAAAAUUUUGCUUACCAUAUUGAGUAAAUAGAGUCUCAUCAGAGAGGAGUCGCUGGCUCCAAGGGCUUUCACAAAAGUAGAUGUUGCCACUGUACAAUUAUUACACUUCAGAUUGUUAUAUUUAGUGAUCAGGUGCCUUGUACGUAGGAAAAAUCAGUGCCUGGUAGAUAGAGAGUUCUAUCUUGUAACAAGUUUAUAGAAAUUCUUCUCGUCAUAAUAAAGGCAUUUUGCCCUUACGUAUUCUUUCUUUCAA